CUCUGUAUUUCUGUAUUUAACAAAGUUUUGAAGUGGUUUGAGUGCAAUACGGUUGUGAAUGUUAUUGAAGUGUUAAAAUGAAGGUGACAGCAUUGUUUCUGCUGGUGGCUGCAACUUCUCUAGUAGAAUGCAAGCGGUACCGCAGUGACUACGUGGACUACCCGGACGCCGGCGGCUGGCUCAAGCUGCACCGUAUACCUGCUAACUGGAAUGACGCCCGUCUACGGUGCCAUCUCGAAGGAGGCACCCUGGCGUCUCCGCUGACUCAAAAGAUGUCCGAUGUGUUAAAAAGCUUCGUGGAAGACAACGUACUCGGCUGCGGCAUCUUCACCGGCAUCCACGCCACCUUCUCUAGAGGAGACUUCGCAUCCAUUGAGGGAGUCCCCUUGGAGAGGAUCCCUCACCACUGGGCUUCUGGUGAGCCUGACAAUGACCAGGAUUCGGAGCAGUGCAUCCUGCAGCUGAAGGAUGGUUCGCUGGCUGAUGUCAGGUGUAAUGAAACUUACCCGUACAUCUGCUAUCGCAAGUACACCAACCAGAUGACAAACGCCUGCGGCACUUUUGACAAUGAGUACCAGCUUGACGCGCGCACGGGCAGCUGCUACAAGUUCCACCUGGUGCCGCGCACGUGGUCGCGCGCGCACAUGGCCUGCACGGCGGAGGGCGGCCAUUUAGCCGUCAUCAACAGCGGCGCCGAAGCCAAGGUCCUGGAGGAGCUGUUCGCGAAGAACCCGGUCGGCAAGCUACAGUCCCGAGCGCCGUUUGGCAAGGACAUCGUCUUUAUUGGCUUCCAUGACUGGAACGAGCAUGGAGAAUGGCUCACCGUCCAAGGGCAAACUCUAGAGCAGGCGGGCUACGCGCGCUGGUCGGGCGGGCAGCCAGAUAACUCGACCAGCAACGAGCACCGCGGGCAGUUCUGCGGCGGGAUCUUCCGCUCUGCUCAGCUGGAUGAUCUGUGGUGUGGGUUGCCGUAUCAUUUCAUCUGUGAGAAGGCCCCUGACAGUCUGCUGUCGGAUGAACAAUAGAACCAACACAAAACAAGCACUACCUCCACAUCACUUCAUCUUGAGAAGGCACCCGACAGCUUUCUGUGCGAUGAACAGUAAAACCAACGCAAUAACACGAGUCGAAGUCCUUUAUGUCUUCUCCGCAAGAGAACUCGGAUUCUAUUUUAUUUUAUUUUUAUUUAACUUUUUUAUAAAAUUGACACAGUCGCUGCUUAACAGAAAAGCAAAAUGGGCAAGAUGUUUAAAAAGAUCAAUACAUUACAU